AGCAAUGCAUCCAUCUCGUACUUGCAACGUACAAAACCCCUAGAGUCAAGAUUGCCCGCUGCUUGGCCUCCAAGGCUCCGGCUCGAUCUGAUCAGUGACCACAAAGGAAGGCCUCCAAUUUUAGUCCCCUAGAAAUAGCCUACUACUCACAGGCUCAAGAUCACAAAAUCUCGUACAAAUUUCUCCAUCGAGUCCAGGAGAUCGAUGGCGUCUGCUCUUGGUGGCUUCCAUCUCCGAGGCCAUGCUCUGGUGGUGCUCGUGGUAGCGGUGCUGAGCCUAGCACAUCGCUCCAUGGGGGCCAGGAGGCUCAUGGAGCUGUACGAGCCGGAUCCCAGCGAGCAACUCACGUACCACAACGGCACCGUGCUGGGCGGCGACAUCCCCGUGUGCGUCCUCUGGUACGGGCGCUUCACGGCGGCGCAGAAGGCCAUCGUGUCCGACUUCAUAGCGUCCCUCGCCGCCGCGCCGGGAGACUACCCCGUCCCGUCCGUGCCGCAGUGGUGGAGCAGCAUCGACCGGCUGUACCUCGCCAAGGCGGAGGCGGCAGGCAAGAAGGCGCGGGUGAUCCUGUCCGGCCAGGUCUCGGACGAGGGGUGCUCGCUGGGGAGGAGCCUGACGCUGUCCCAGCUCCCCGCGCUGGCGGCCGCGGCGAAGCCCGCGAAGGGCGGCGUCGCGCUGGUGCUCACGGCGCAGGACGUGGCCGUGGAGGGCUUCUGCAUGAGCCGGUGCGGCAUGCACGGGUCGGACGCCAAGGCCGGGACGGCCUACGUGUGGGCCGGCAACUCGGCGGCGCAGUGCCCCGGCCAGUGCGCGUGGCCGUUCCAGCAGGAGGAGCCGCCGGUGCUGCCGCCCAACGACGACCUGGGCAUGGACGGGCUCGUGAUGAACGUCGCCAGCAUGCUCGCGGGCGCGGUGACCGACCCAUUCGGCGACGGGUUCUACCAGGGAGAACACGAGGCGCCGCUGGAGGCCGCGACGGCGUGCCCGGGGGUCUACGGCAAUGGCGCGUAUCCCGGCAAUGCUGGCGAGCUGCUGGUGGACAAGGCGACCGGAGCUAGCUACAACGCCAACGGGGCUCACGGGAGGAGGUACCUGCUGCCCGCGUUGUACGACCCCGCUUCAUCCGAGUGCGCAACGCUGGUUUGAAGAAAGAAACGCGUCGUCAUGGAGUGCGAAGCCAACGGCAGGAUCGCAUGACAUCGAGAUAUGGAAGUUAUGUGCAAAUGUUUCUUUUUCGAUAAUCAGGGGUUCUCCUCCAGCUCCAUUUCAUAUAAAAUGGAAUCAGAAAAUUUAGAAACAACACUCACUCACACCACUCACUAUUUUGUGGAGAAACAACCUUCAGAUACAGGACUCGUACAGCAGCAGAAA